AUCCCCCUCCACGUGAUGCUACGCGCAGGCGCACCCCCCCUCCCCGGUGACGUAGGUUAGCCUGCCCGCCUCUGUGACUUGAGCUGCCAAAAACUGAGCUGAACUAAAACUUGGCGACGGGCCGAGCUAUGACUGGCUGCUCCAGCGCAACUCUGCUGCCUCUCCUGCACUCCAGCUCCAUACACUUGCACUAAAAGCUGCUCAUAGGAAGCCAGGGCAGCCCCAAGCCCACACACACAACCAAAUAGCAAUUAUAAGAAUUUGAAUUAUUGUAACAAUGCAAUUGCUCUCACCUUUUUAGAUUUCUUUCCAACCCCCUUAGUGCUCAUUUUAAAAGUGUCUAGCAUGAUGGCACCAGGACAAGGCUGGAUGCUGCCGGGGAAUAAGGCUGCUCUUUGCACAGGGGGAGCCCAGUGAAUGGGAUCUGCUGUGUCUCACCAUGAGAAGAACGGUUCAAAAGUGGCCAGCGUUUUUUAACUUUCCCAUUUGAUGGUUGACUGCUUCUUGAAGGAUUAGAUUUACCUCCAGCUCUUCUAUUUCUUUCCUCUGGACUAAGAAAAUGACAGUGAACAAGCGAGAAGGAGCAAAGUUCAAAAGAAGAAUAUCUUUUAAAAAUUACAUUUUAUAAAAAAAAGAAAAAAAAAGGAAAAGAAGAAGCCAGUGCCUUAACUGGUGGCACAUAAGGAAGCCUUUGUAAAUGGACUUGUUAUGGUGCUGUUCUGGGGGAGGGCUAACAUUCUAGUACUGUGUUAGCCUCAAGAUAAAAAGGAGGAAAUAAAAAAACAUUGUUCAGUGUUCAUUUUUAAAUUAUGGAAAUUUGGUGGAAGACGUUGACCUGGAUUUUAGGCCUUGUCAUGACUUCAUCGGAAUGUCACAGGGACAGCAGAGUUACAUAUAGUUCCCAAGAGGAAUACCUGUCUUACCUUGAACACUACCAACUGACAGUUCCAAUAAGGGUUGAUCACAAUGGAGCUUUUGUCAGUUUUACUGUGAAUAGUGACAAACACUUGAGGAGGAGGAGGAGCGUGGACCAUAGAGACCAAGAACAGGAUGCUUCUAAAUUAUUUUUUAAAAUUUCUGCCUAUGGCAAGCACUUUCACUUAAACCUGACUUUGAAUACGGAUUUAGUCUCAAAACACUUUACAGUGGAAUACUGGAGGAAGAAUGGGCCAGAGUGGAAGCAUGAUUUUAUAGACAACUGCCACUAUACAGGAUACUUACAGGACCAAAAUACAACAACGAAAGUGGCUCUGAGUAAUUGCAAUGGCUUGCAUGGCAUUAUUGCGACCGAAGAUGAAGAGUAUUUUAUUGAGCCUUUAGAGAAUGUCACAGAAAAUUCCAAGCACUAUAGCCAUGAAAUGGGCCACCCUCAUGUUAUUUACAGAAAGUCUGCUAUCCAUCAUCGACAUUCAAGCAACCAACCUCACUGCGGUGUGAAAGACUUUACUGGAAACAGCAAACCCUGGUGGUAUAAUUAUAAAUUCUCUACCCCACCCAUGCCAUCAGAUAAUGAUACAGAAAAUGGUCCUCGCCGGCAGAGGAGAUCAGUCAGCACUGAGCGUUUUGUUGAGACCCUUGUAGUGGCUGACAAAAUGAUGGUUGGAUACCAUGGUCGCAAAGAUAUUGAACACUAUAUACUGAGCGUAAUGAAUAUUGUUGCCAAACUUUACCGUGAUUCCAGCCUAGGAAACGUUGUGAAUAUCAUAGUGACACGGUUAAUUGUCCUUACUGAAGACCAGCCAAACUUGGAGAUAAACCACCAUGCGGACAAGUCCCUUGACAGCUUCUGUAAGUGGCAGAAAUCCAUUCUCUCGCAUCAAAGUGAUGGAAAUACCAUUCCAGAAAAUGGCAUUGCUCACCAUGACAACGCAGUCCUUAUUACCAGGUAUGACAUCUGUACAUAUAAAAACAAGCCUUGCGGGACUCUUGGCUUGGCCUCUGUGGCUGGAAUGUGUGAGCCGGAGAGGAGCUGCAGUAUUAAUGAAGACAUUGGCUUGGGUUCUGCAUUUACCAUUGCACAUGAGAUUGGUCACAAUUUUGGUAUGAACCACGAUGGAAUUGGAAACUCAUGUGGGACAAAAGGCCAUGAGGCUGCUAAGCUAAUGGCAGCACACAUUACAUCUAACACAAAUCCUUUUUCCUGGUCAGCUUGUAGCAGGGACUACAUCACCAGCUUUCUUGACUCAGGCCGUGGUACUUGCCUUGACAAUGAACCUCCAAAGAGAGAUUUCUUAUACCCUGCUGUUGCUCCAGGUCAGGUAUAUGAUGCAGAUGAACAGUGCCGCUUUCAGUACGGAGCAACAUCACGCCAAUGUAAAUACGGGGAAGUGUGUAGAGAGCUCUGGUGUCUUAGUAAAAGUAACCGAUGUGUUACCAACAGUAUUCCUGCUGCUGAAGGAACCCUCUGUCAGACAGGAAGCAUCGAAAAAGGGUGGUGCUAUCAGGGAGACUGUGUGGCUUUUGGAACCUGGCCAAAGAGCAUUGACGGAGACUGGGGACCGUGGUCAGUAUGGGGCGAGUGCACUAGGACCUGUGGUGGGGGUGUCUCCUCAUCCAUAAGACACUGUGACAGUCCAGCACCCUCAGGUGGAGGAAAAUAUUGCCUUGGAGAGAGAAAACGGUACCGUUCAUGCAACACAGAUCCAUGUUCUUCGGGGUCCCGAGACUUCAGAGAAAAGCAAUGUGCAGACUUUGAUAACAUGCCUUUCCGUGGAAAGUACUACAACUGGAAACCCUACACAGGAGGUGGUGUUAAAGCAUGUGCAUUAAACUGUUUGGCAGAAGGCUAUAAUUUUUACACGGAACGGGCCCCUGCAGUAAUAGAUGGAACCCGCUGCAAUGCUGACUCCUUGGACAUCUGCAUCAAUGGAGAAUGCAAGCAUGUAGGCUGUGAUAACAUUUUGGGCUCUGAUGCCAAGGAAGACAGGUGCCGUGUGUGUGGUGGAGAUGGAAGCACUUGUGAAGCCACUGAAGGUUUCUUUAAUGAUUCAUUACCCAGAGGAGGCUACAUGGAAGUUGUUCAAAUUCCACGAGGUUCUGUACACAUUGAAAUCAAAGAAGUGUCAGUGUCUAAGAACUACAUAGCUUUGAAGUCUGAAGGCGAUGACUAUUUUAUCAACGGAGCUUGGACCAUUGACUGGCCCAGAAAAUUUGAUGUGGCUGGGACAGCAUUUCAUUAUAAGCGCCCCACAGAUGAACCAGAGUCUCUGGAGGCCUUGGGCCCAACAACAGAAAGUCUUAUAGUGAUGAUUCUUCUGCAAGAACAGAACAUGGGAAUUAGAUAUAAGUUUAAUGUACCGAUCACAAGAACGGGGAGCGGGGACAACGAAGUGGGCUUUUCAUGGCAUCACUUGCCUUGGUCGGAAUGCUCUGCCACCUGUGCAGGAGGCAUACAGAAGCAGGAGGUGGUGUGUAAAAGACUUGAUGACAACUCUGUUGUGCAGAACAACUACUGUGAUCUAGACAGUAAGCCACCAGAGACACAAAGAGCUUGUAAUACGGAACUGUGCCCACCUGAAUGGUUUAUUGGAGAUUGGUCGGAAUGCAGUAAAACGUGCGAUGGUGGUAUGCGCUCUCGAACAGUGCUUUGCAUUCGGAGGAUCGGCCCAUCUGAAGAGGAGACACUUGAUGAUAUCAGCUGCUUAACUCAUCGUCCCAUAGAAAAGGAGGCUUGUAAUAACCAGUCAUGCCCACCUCAAUGGGUUGCUUUGGAUUGGUCAGAAUGUACUCCAAAAUGUGGUCCUGGGUUUAAACACCGGAUAGUUCUGUGCAAGAGUAGUGAUCUUUCCAAAACAUUUCCGAAUGCAAACUGUCCCGAAGAGAGCAAGCCACCAGUCCGUAUACGCUGCAGCUUGGGACGAUGCCCGCCUCCCCGCUGGGUUACUGGAGAGUGGGGACAGUGUUCUGCGCACUGUGGUCUUGGGCAGCAGAUGCGGACCGUGCAGUGUUUAUCCUACACUGGGCAAGCUUCGAGUGACUGUCCUGAGAACGUUCGGCCACCAUCAAUGCAACAGUGUGAAAGCAAAUGUGACAGCACUCCAAUUUCCAACACAGAGGAAUGCAAAGAUGUGAACAAAGUGGCGUAUUGCCCGUUAGUGCUGAAAUUCAAGUUCUGCAGUCGAGCAUACUUCAGACAGAUGUGUUGUAAAACCUGCCAAGGACACUGACCCACAUCAAAUGGGAGAAAAUAGAUCAUUGUUAUUCCAUGGUGGAAAUGUGUCCAUUAAGAAGAAUAACACAGAGAAAUCAGAUGGAUGUCCUUGAAGAGAGAGGAAAAAAAAACCCCUGUGUAACACAUAACCACUCGUCAGCCCAGGCUGACAGGAUUUCUUCACUUCCGUGAAGUGAAUUAAUUAUCCAAAGUGCUGGACACCAGAAAAAAGGAGGAAAGCCAAAUUGGAGAACUUUAAGGCCACCCACUUAAAGCAGGGAACCGCAGAACGUUUGUGUUCUUCCAAGUAUCCGAAUCACCAUGCUUACCUCCUGAAACCAUUUUGAAUAUGGUCUUCACAAAUGACACUGAAUCCAGAACUGUUGUGACUUUUUCUACAAACAGAAAGAGAGAGAACAAUUUCCUAAGUCAUAGCUUAAACUUAUAUUAACUAUUUUAUCUCAUUUUACAGCACCACAAUUUAAAUUAUAAAAAAAAAAAAUGGGCUUUUAAAUAUUAUUUAAGAUGCAAUUAUAAA